CUCUCACACAAACCCGAACAAAGCUCUGGUCUGUUAGAAUCCCCAAUUUUCUCCUCUGAAGAAAUCCCCUUUUAAUUUUUUUACAAUUCUUUUUUACAAAUUUCUCCGAUUCUUUAAUUUUUGGAUUUUUUAAAAAAUAAUUUCGAAUCCAAAUAAAAAUUACAAAAUUUAAGGAAAAGAAAAAGGGAAGAAAAGUGUUUUUUUUUUUUUGUUAUUUGUUUAAUUUUCUAGGGUUUUUUUGAUCGAUCUGAGAGAGGAAGGAAUAUGGGUGCGGGAGGCGAUUCAAGUGAGUCACGACUCGGUGGAAAUGGAGGAGGUGAAGAAGGAGUGACGGUUAAUAUACGCUGCUCGAACGGUACGAAAUUUACGGUGAGGACCAAUCUCGAAUCCACCGUUGGAUCUUUCAAAGCUCUUUUGGCUCAAAAUUGCGAUAUCCCAGCUGAUCAGCAACGGUUGAUUUAUAAAGGGCGAAUCCUGAAAGACGACCAAACCCUUCAAAGUUAUGGUUUGCAAGCUGAUCAUACCAUUCACAUGGUUCGUGGUUUCGCCCCAUCUUCAUCUACGCCUCCUCCUUCAGCUACCACAAAUGUUGCAACUGAUAACACUACGCCAGGGGUUACUCGGGGUAUUGGUUCGAAUGAUGGUGCUGGUCUUGGGGCAUCUUUAUUCCCUGGACUUAAUCCACUUGGUGGUGGCGGCGGCAGCAGUGGUUUUGGUUUGUUUGGAUCCGGACUUCCUGAAUUUGAACAAGUACAGCAACAACUAACUCAAAAUCCCAACAUGAUGAGGGAAAUAAUGAAUACACCAGCUAUUCAAAGUUUGAUGAAUAACCCGGAGUUGAUGCGUAGUUUGAUUAUGAGCAAUCCUCAAAUGCGUGAGAUUAUUGAUAGGAAUCCGGAGCUUGGACAUAUACUUAAUGAUCCUAGCAUUCUUCGACAGACAUUAGAAGCUGCAAGAAACCCUGAACUCAUGCGUGAAAUGAUGCGAAACACCGAUAGAGCAAUGAGUAAUAUUGAAGCUUCUCCUGAGGGAUUUAACAUGCUUAGGCGCAUGUAUGAAAAUGUUCAAGAGCCGUUUUUGAAUGCUACGACUAUGGGUGGGAAUAAUGGAAAUAGUCCGGCUACAAACCCAUUUGCUGCUUUAUUGGGCAAUCAAGGUGGUUCUCAAGCUAGACGUUCACCUAUUAACACUUCUACGACUGGUUCUGAAACCGUCCAAGGCCAAACUUCCCCGAAUACGAAUCCUCUGCCUAAUCCUUGGAGCAACACUGCUGGUGGUGGGGUUACCCAGACCAAUGCUACUACAAGGCCAAAUCCUGCUGGGGAUGCCAGGACACCAGGUGUUGGUGGUAUGGGAGGCCUUGGACUUCCGGAUCUGCCACCCAUGUUGAAUGGAAUGCCAGAUGCAUCUCAGUUGACCCAGUUAUUGCAAAACCCGGCAAUUUCUCAGAUGAUGCAGAGCAUAAUGUCUAAUCCCCAAUAUAUGAAUCAGAUCAUGAAUCUCAACCCCCAACUACGUGGCAUGUUUGAUAUGAAUCCUCAAUUGAGAGAUAUGAUGCAAAACCCUGAAGUACUACGUCAGAUGUUUUCCCCCGAGACAAUGCAGCAAAUGCUAGCUUUACAGCAAUCGCUUCUGUCUCUCAAUCGGCAGCAAUCAACCCCGGACUCAGCACAGACUGGCGGUACUACAGCGGCACCAGGAACUGCCAAUCUAGACUUGUUGAUGAAUAUGUUUGGCGGUCUGGGCGCUGGUGGCCUUGGUGUCCCCAACCAACCCGAUGUUCCCCCUGAAGAACUUUACGCUACACAAUUAUCACAACUCCAAGAAAUGGGUUUCUACGAUACACAAGAGAAUAUCAGAGCAUUACGAGCUACUGCUGGAAACGUCCAUGCUGCAGUCGAGAGACUUCUGGGAAAUUCCGGGCAGUAGUAACUCCUUGAAAUUUCAUGUUCUUUUUUUUUCUUUUUUAAAUUUGACCAAGAAAAACUGUCUCAUGUAAGAUUAGUUGAUUUGGGUUGGUGCCUUAGCAAACCACAGAUUUAUGUUGCAUAUACAUUGUUGAUUCCUUGUUUUUGCCGUGUUUAAUAAGCAAGUAAACACGAUAAAUAUAUAUACCCGAGAACUUGUUGAUA